UCCUUCACCGCGGGAUCUGAGCGCCUUAACUUUCCCAACAAUAUAGCCGACAACAACAGUCCCUUUCAACGGGUCGGACAGAGACAGAAGGGGGAACAAGGACAGCCGUUUAGCCACUGCCUCUUUGUGGAAAGCGCUUGGCUGUGGGUUUGUGCUGUGUUUGAACUAAAGAGCAACCAGACCUGAGCGGUUUCUUGUUCACACUCGAGAAAUAACAACAUUCACUUUUAAAGGCCCGUGCCAUCCAUCUUACCAUGGACUCCCUGCUGACAGAGGCCUGUAGAGGGAUCAGAAGCCUGUGCUGGAGACUGGCUCAAUCACACAGCCAUCUAUCCUCUGAACACAGAGUAGGCCUAACACGUAGCCCGGGUCUAUGAGUACCUCUUGCCUUCUCUCUACUGGAGCUGGAUUUAACACAAACUGGACUGGAUUUCCUUCUAAGCGCCGUUUGAGGAACUAAAUUACAUUUUGACAAGGAACAAGCCAUGCAUCCUCUAGUGGUCGUACGUUUAUUUUGGCUCCUCCCUCUCGCUCUGACGCUGGAUGCCCAUUCGCCACUGGACUGCAUUCCGCGUAAAACGGUACCCUAUCAUAGAGAGAAUGGUCGUCUGUUCCGUGAGGAGGGGGUGUGGAACUACUCCACCAUGCUGCUGAGAGAGGACCUGGGUCUGUUGCUGCUGGGAGCCAGAGAGAACAUCUACGCCCUGGACAUCAACGACAUCUCCAACAAGAAAUCCUCCGUAAGUUGGAAAGUGACAGAGAAGCAGCAGAAGGAGUGCAGCUACAAAGGAAAAGAUCAGAUAGAGUGCCAGAACUACAUCAGGGUCCUGCAUACGAUGGAGGAUGAUAGGAUGUAUGUGUGUGGGACCAAUGCCUUCAACCCAGAGUGUGACUACAUGUCGUACAAAGAUGGAGAGUUGACCUUGGAAAAGAAGAAAGAGGAUGGCAAAGGGAAGUGUCCCUUCGAUCCAUUCCAGAGAUACUCUUCUAUCAUGAUCGACAAAACCCUCUACUCAGCCACCUCAAUGAACUUCCUGGGUUCUGAGCCUGUGGUGAUGCGCAGCUCUCCCUCCUCAAUACGCACUGAGUUCAAGAGCUCCUGGCUACACGAGCCCAACUUCAUCUCCAUGGCCCAGAUGCCAGAGAGUAAGAGCAGCUCAACAGGUGAUGAUGACAAGGUCUACCUGUUCUUCAGUGAGACCGCUGUGGAGUAUGACUUCUACAGCAAACUGGUGGUGUCUCGCGUAGCACGUGUCUGCAAGGGGGACCUUGGGGGCCAGAGGACCCUGCAGAAGAAGUGGACGUCGUUUCUAAAGGCCCGUGUGGACUGUCCUGUUCUGGAGUCCCAGCUACCCUACAUCAUACAGGACACCUACCGCUGGUGUGAGGAGGGAGACUGGAGAAGCUGUGUGUUCUACGCUGUAUUCACAUCACAGUCGGACAGGGCGGACCUCUCUGCAGUGUGUGCGUACAGGGUGUUGGACAUCGGCAGGGUGUUCUCCGAGGGGAAGUACAAGACCCCGGUAACCGUGGAAACGUCCUUUGUGAAGUGGGUGAUGUACAGCGGUGAUGUCCCCUCCCCCAGACCUGGAGCUUGUAUAAAUGACGAUGCUCGUAACCAGGGCAUCACUCAAACUCUGGACCUGCCAGACCGGACCCUGCAGUUCAUUAGAGACCGGCCCCUCAUGGACCAGGCUGUUCUGCCCAUGGGAGAGCGCCCCUUGCUGGUCAGGAGAGGCACUGCCUUCACACGCAUCGUAGUACACAGAACACAGGCCCUGGAUGGGAAGAAAUACCAUGUCAUGUUCAUAGGCACAGAGGGUGGCAGUGUGUUGAAAGCGGUUAACUACGAUAAGGAGAUGUUCAUCAUCGAGGAAGUGCAGCUCUUCCAGCCCCGUGAGCCAAUCAAAGUCCUCCGUUUCUCCAACACAAGGGGUCAGCUGUACGCAGGCUCUGAGUACGGUGCUGUUCAGAUGCCGUUUAGUAGCUGUGGUCGUUCUGGCGCCUGUGUGGACUGUGUCCUGGCCAGAGACCCUUACUGUGUCUGGGACAGAACUACAGCCCAAUGUAUCACCCUGUCUACAGCUAACGCAGACAGUGAACUGAUCCAAAGUUUAUGGGCUGGAGACUUCUCUCUCUGCCCCGCCUCAGACCCUGUGAAGCCUGUUAAUCAGACUGUGUGGCUAGGUGGCAACCUGAAGCUCCAGUGCCCCCCCACUUCCAACCUGGCAGAGACCCACUGGGAGCGAGACGCCCAGCCCCUGCCCUCCUCGCCCCGCCACCAGAUCCUCCGAGACAGCCUCCUUAUCCUCAACGCCUCUGCCUCUGACACUGGCCGUUACCGCUGUCUGGCCCUGGAGCGUUCCCACAGUGGGAAGUACACCACCACUGUGGCUGAGUACCAGCUUAGAGUAGGCCCAGAAGGGCUCCCACGCAGACCUGAAGCCCGGACCGAGGGACCUUCCCUGGCCGCGCUGCAGGUGUCAGUGGCCUUCCUGGUGAUUCUCCUGGCUGUCCUGCUGGGUUGGAACCUGUACAAGGGACAUCUGCCCCUGCCUGGGCCCUGUGGGAGAGUGAAGGGAGCAGGGAGAGGGCAGAACCAAGGAGCUCCAGAGGAGGGGUCUGCUCGCAUUGCCGUGGCCCACCUAGAGGUCUCAGAGCCUGGGGAGGCGGAGAGCAAGGCCCUGGUGUCUGGAGAAGGAAACUGCACCAGUAAUAACCACUACUCUACUGGGGAGGUGACGUUAGGAGGGGGUGAGGAGGGGGAGAGUGAAGCCAGAGUUACUUUCCCCUCAUUGCAGUUCAUUGAUGAUGAAUCAGAGAAAUGACCCUACCUCCAAUGGUAUUUCAGUAUGCUUCAUAUUUUGACUGUAUGCAGUCAGUAUUCAAUGGGACUAAACAGUAUGCAACAGGUAAACUGUGACUAGAUCGGACCAACACACCAGCAAUGUUCUGUACAAAGUGGUUGGAAGAGAACUGUUGUGUUUGUGAAGCUAUGGUCGUGUUCCUCUGCUCAGACAUUGCAUGCAUCAACCAAUGGUUGCGUGCCACAUCAUCGACUGUGUCAUCGACUGACAGAUUGCUAUAACAUG